GUCUCACUUUGGCACCAUGUGUCUGUUUCUUGCAGCCGCUCUGAGCGUCCUUCCCAACAGAUCCCAGUUCUUUCAGUACGAGUCUGUCUCUCUGAGCUGUGGGCAGCAGGGAAUUUCUUCUGAGUGGAGCGUUAAGAGGAACAUAUCCAAAGACACAAAUGAAGAGUGUCUCAAAUUCUGGCGAAGAAAAGAUGAAUCACACUGCUUCACAGUUGACCUUUACCCUACAGACACUGGAGUGUACUGGUGUGAGUUUGCAGCAGGAGAGCGCAGUGAAGCCGUCAGCAUCACAGUGACCAGUGGCACUGUGAUCCUGGAGAUUCCUGUCCUUCCUGUGAUGGAGGGAGACGAUGUGACUCUGAGCUGCAGAAACAAGAACAUCUCCAACCUCAUAGCUGAUUUCUAUAAAGAUGGGCGUCUCAUCAGGAGCAGCUCUACAGGAAACAUGACCAUCCACAGUGUCUCUAAAUCUGAUGAAGGACUCUACAAGUGCAAAUUCUCUGGAGCUGGAUCACCAGACAGCUGGCUGAUUGUCAGAGAGCCAGCAGCUCCUGUAACGUCUGCCUGCAGUCUGAUCCAUCAUGUAGUCGUAGCGAGUCUUUACCUGCUGUUCACCAUCGUCCUGGGACACAUAAUAGACAGAAGAAAGAACAAAAGAGCACAUCAGCUUGUUGCAGAGGACAGAAACCAUCAUGUCGUUAUGGAGGUGGAAUAGAUUGGACCACACACAGAUAUAAUAAUGUUUAUACAUGUGUCUGUAUUAUGUUUCACACGUGUUUAUUUCAUUUCAUGCUCAUAAAAGAAUAAAUGCUUUUCUGUGUAAAGAAGUAGCCUGUGACAAACUGACUGGCAAUUGUAUUCAUAUUGCACAUUUGAUUACAGUUUGACUGACUGCUCUGUACAUUAAAGUGCACACAGCAACAAGUAAACAAUAUUAUAAUAAUUGAUAUACAACAAACACAGACAACCACCCACUUUUCACACAACCAUCCCACAGACACACAAACACACAAUAACUAAUCACAAGCCUGAGAAAACAGACAUGUGGACACAGCUGUGACAGAACUCAGAUUAUCAGAUUAUUAUUAUUAGCUGGUUGGUUCCAGAGAAGCAACAAGAGAAGCUAAAAGCACCUUCAGCAGAUCUGGAACCAGUUAGAAAACCACCACCUGUCAGACAUAUACUGGGCAGCCAAACCAUUAAGUUUUUUUUAUUGUGUUUUUAUUAUGGUUUCAUUUUCAU